AUGUUUCUACGCCGCUGCACCUUUCUGCUGCUGCUCUGCCUAAUUGCGAGUGACGCCGCCAGUGCCGCACGCAAAACAAAACGUCCUGUCAAGCCGGUCAAGCAGACCGUACCACGUACCAAUGUGACGCCUUCGCCAGCGGCCAUCUCUGCCUCUGCAUCCGCCUCAUCCGUAGCCACCAGCAGCAGCAGCAGCAGCAGUGGCAGUAGCUCCACCACGGAAUCCAAUAGCGAGGUGGCGGCGGAGGCUGCCACAAUUGCAGCCGGCAGCAGCGGAGAGCUGCCCAAGCCCCUGGUGACGCCCAACGAGGCCCAACCCGAGGCCAAAACGGACAAAUCCCCGGCCCAGCUGCAGGAGGAGGAGUGUGAUCCAGAUAUGGUUGGCUUCGAGAUCAUUACCGGGUAUGUGCUAUCGGCACCCUCGAAAAUGCUGGACACUCUGCCGGGCACCCUGAUGCUCACGGACUGUUUGGAGGCCUGCCAGAGCAAUGAAUCCUGCAGCGCUGUCAACUACGAAACCGGCUUGUGUGUGCUGUUCAAGACCACGGCCGAUAAAUUGCCAGGUUCACUUUCGCGCUCGCAGUUUCCGGUUUUCACCAUCUACGCACAGAAAUCGUGUUUGGGCGUCCGUCCUUGCUCCAAGGCCUGGUGCAUCGAUCGCGUUCAAGGUUACCGCCUACCCGAACAUGUCAAGUCUAGUCAGACGGUUCUCUCGCGGCGCGACUGCCUGGAGCUCUGCCUCGGGGAAACCGAAUUCACAUGCCGCUCGGCCAACUACUACCGCCACUCGGGUCUGUGCGAACUGUCCGAUAUGGAUCGUAUUACCCUCUCGGCCGGCGGCAGCGUAGAGCCCUACGAUGGGGCCGACUAUCUGGAGAACAACUGCGCGGAGGAGCCCAGCAAACUUUGCGAGUUCAAGCGCAUCUCUGGCAAGAUUCUGAAGACUGUCGACUCUGUCUAUCAGGACAUCAAUACCAUUGACGAGUGCCGUGAUCUCUGCCUCAACUCCCCCUACAGAUGCCACUCUUAUGAUUAUAACGAUACUGGAGACAUGGUCUGUCGCCUGUCGCAUCACAGUCGCGCCACCCUAACCGACGUGAUGGAUCCCUAUCUGGAUGUGCCCGAGGCAGCCACCUACGAGCUCUCGGCCUGCUACAAUGUGUCCAUUGAGUGCCGUUCCGGGGAGAUGAUCACCAAGAUUCGCACCUCCAAGCUCUUCGACGGCAAGGUCUAUGCCAAGGGAGCCCCCAAAUCCUGCGCUGUGAAUGUGAACAGCUCGCUGGAGUUUGAUUUCCGCAUGGGCUACAACGACCUCGAGUGCAAUGUCCGCCAGAGUGCCUAUGGGCGGUAUAUGAACGACAUUGUCAUCCAGCAUCACGACAUGAUCGUCACAUCCUCAGAUCUGGGACUGGCAGUGUCCUGCCAGUACGACUUGACCAACAAGACGGUGCUGAACGAUGUCGAUCUGGGUGUGACAGGUGAAAUUGAAUCGUCGUUGAGCGAAGAGAUCACCAUUGACUCUCCGAAUGUGAUCAUGAAGAUCACCUCACGGGACGGCAGCGACAUGAAGCGCAUCGCCGAGGUGGGCGAUCCCCUGGCCCUUCGCUUUGAGAUCGUCGAACAGAACAGCCCGUACGAGAUCUUCGUUAGGGAACUGGUGGCCAUGGAUGGUUCGGACAGUGCCGAGAUAACGCUGAUCGAUGCUAAUGGCUGCCCCACCGAUCAAUACAUCAUGGGCACCAUCCAGAAGCUGACGCACAACCGCAAGGUGCUCCUCUCCCAGUUCGAUGCCUUCAAGUUCCCCUCCAGCGAGGUGGUGCAGUUCCGCGCUCUGGUUACGCCCUGCAUACCGCGCUGUGAGCCCGUCAUUUGCGAUACCGAGGAUGGCGCCAGCGGUGAGCUCAAGUCUUUGGUCUCCUAUGGCCGCAAGAAGCGCUCAGUGCUCAAUGGCACCGAUGGUGCCGAGUUCAUGGUCAGCACACGCCACCGCCGGGAUGUGGGCCCCGUUGAUGAUAACAUACUGCUCGUGCAGUCCAUACAAAUCACAGACAAGUUCGGCUUCCAGCCAGAGGACGGCAGCAGCAGCAGCACCACCACCACCACCACCAAUGGCAAUGGCAAUGACAGCGGAUCUGGUCCCCACGAGAAGGCAUAUGCGGGCGUUGCCCAGGACAAGCUCACUUGUCUUAAUGGCUAUGGACUGAUCAUGGCUGGAGCGCUCUUCCUGCUGGCCCAGUUGAGCAUCUUUGGCAUCUGGAAGACCGUCCAGCGGCGCACACACAAGGAGCGAUACCUGUACCAGCACGAGCCGACGCCCACCAUCACCUACGGGGCGCCCACCAUACUGUACGGACCCCCGCCGCCAUCCUCCGCCUCGUCGGCCGCCUCCCACAUGGGCCACAGCGCCAAGGACACGCUGAGCAAGCUCUACGACAGCGGCAUCAACGGACGCUACGGACAGCAGUACUAG